CCUACGGUAGGUGAUCAAAAUUGGAAAUGGGAGUGAUCUUGUGGUAUCUAUGUGAGUUUAUAUACUUUAAAUCUUCUUUCUUCCAAAACAAUGAUUAAUCAAACUUAACAACAAUGACUAAAAAAAGUCAAUGAUGGCUAAGUGAAAGGGAGGGAGGUAAUAUAAUGGCAGCAAUAGGCACAAACACAUGGCGGCCUCAACGGAAAUGCAAAACUAUGCCCAGACUACUUUCGGAUCCCAAGUUACAGCCGCAUAAAAUCCGCAUAAUUUUGCAUUCCACUGCGUCAUUAGAGCAAUCUUUCACGAAAGAUGCUUUAUUUUUUUGUGGGUGCCUUUCUUUGUCCCAUGUGGAUCUCUUCUGACUGGUAACAAACAAACCGUUUGGCCAUAUAGACUGACCUAUCCAUCGCCAUAGCUUCUUUUUCAAUUCUUCUCUCGUCUAAGAAACCAUCCAGAAGCAUUUGACCCUUUGACCCCCUCACUAAUCAAACCUCGAAACUCUCUGUUCAUUCUUUAGCCUGGUUUGAAAAAGUGAUCUGGGAAUUGGGAUGGUAAGAUUUAUAGAAGCACUGAUAUGUGCUUUUGUUUUUAUCCUAUCAAUCGCGUCUUCUGCUCCGCUAGAUGGGUUCUUCUACACCAGAUUCAAUCAGCCAGAGAACAACAUCAGCUUUAGUGGGGUGGCGACGGUCGCCGGAGAUGGAGUUCUUCAGCUGACCAAUCAGUCCCACCGGACAAUGGGUCACGCUUUCUAUUCCGCUCCCUUCAAAUUCAAAAAUUCCCCAAAUGGCUCGGCUUUCUCCUUCUCCACCUGUUUCGCCAUGGCCGUAAUCCCUGAAUAUGAGAAGCUCGGCGGCCAUGGCCUCGCCUUCGCCAUUUCCCGGUCUCUGGAUUUCAGCACGGCCCUUCCCAGCCAGUAUCUCGGCCUGCUCAACUCCCACAACAUUGGGAAUUCGUCGAACCAUCUUUUUUCUGUUGAGUUCGACACCGUCCAGGAUUUCGAGUUCGAGGACAUUGAUGGUAACCAUGUCGGGAUUAACGUUAACAGCUUGGUUUCCAGGGAGUCCGCCGGAGCUGGGUAUUUCACCGGCGAUCUCAAGAAACGAGAUCUGAAUCUCAGGAGUGGAAAGACGAUUCUUGCUUGGGUGGAAUACGAUUCUGCUUCAAACCUCAUUAACGUCACCAUUUCCCCUUCUUCUCUGAAACCCAGAGUUCCCCUUCUGUCACAUCGCUUAGAUCUAUCUGGUGUUCUGAAAGAGAAUAUGUACGUCGGGUUCUCUGCCUCCACCGGAGUCCUCGCCGGAGCUCACUACAUAUUAGGGUGGAGCUUCAAAAUCAACGGCGAAGCGAAAAGCAUCAAUCUUCACUCCCUCCCAUCGAUCCCCGGAGUCAAGAAAAGGCACGUGGCUCUGGUGGCGUCGGCCUCUGCGGCGGCGGCGGGUUUGGCUUUGCUUUCCGUUCUGGUGGGAGUUUAUGUGUUCAAGAGAGUCAGGAAUGCUGACGUGGUGGAGUCGUGGGAGCUUGAGAUUGGUCCGCACAGAUAUUCGUACAGUGAACUGAAGAAAGCCACCGGCGGUUUCAAGAGCAGCGAGUUACUCGGACAGGGCGGAUUCGGUCAGGUCUACAAGGGGAUUUUGCGGAUUUCAAAAACUGAAAUCGCAGUGAAAAGAAUCUCAAAUGAAUCCCGACAGGGGCUACGGGAAUUUGUGUCUGAAAUCUCAACAAUAGGAAGGCUAAGACAUAGGAAUUUGGUACAGUUACUAGGAUGGUGCAGAACCCGUUGUGAUCUAAUGCUCGUCUAUGAUUACAUGCCAAACGGAAGCUUGGAUGGUUUCCUAUUUGACCGUCCCAAGUUGGUGUUAACAUGGGAACAAAGGUUCAACAUCAUCAAAGGCGUCGCCUUUGGGCUGUUAUACUUACACGAGGAAUAUGAACAAGUUGUGAUACACCGCGACAUCAAGGCUAGUAAUGUGUUGUUGGACGGGGAGAUGAAUGGACGUUUAGGAGAUUUUGGGCUCGCUAGGUUACACGAGCACGGGAGCAAUCCGGGGAUGACACGUGUUGUGGGGACAUUGGGUUACUUGGCACCAGAGCUUUCGAGGACAGGAAUAGCAACGACAAAAUCAGACGUGUUUGCAUUCGGGGCGUUGUUGUUGGAAGUGGUUUGUGGAAGGAGGCCAAUAGAGCUGAAGGCUGCUCAGAUAAGGGAGUUGGUUUUGGUAGAUUGGGUAUGGGAGAAGUUGAGAGAAGAGAGGAUUAUGGACGUGGUGGAUUGGAGGAUGAAGGGAAGGUUUAAGGAGGAUCAAGUGGUGAUGGUGUUGAAGUUGGGGCUCAUUUGCUCAAGCAAUGACCCGACGGCCCGACCGAGCAUAAGGCAGGUGUUGAGUUACCUCGACGGAGAGGCCCGAUUGCCCGAGGUUAUGAUGGAGCCAGAUCAUCAACAUAAUGAGAAUAAUAACAAUGACAGAAGUGAAGGGGGAGUUGGGAUUCAAGAGCAUUGUGAGUUAACUUCCUCACAGAUUGGUACUAUUUUCGCUUCCUCAUCAUCUGCUUCACCUCAUUCCCCUUACUAGAAUAGUAGGGGGUAAAAGAGUUUAUUUGCCAUCGUCCGUACAUCCAUAGUCAGAGGUGAAUCUAUCAUGUUAAUCCAUUUAAAAGGUUAUUUAAUUUGUAGUGUUUUUAAUUCAUCUUACGUAUAAAGAAACAUCUUAAAUUAAGAUUGGAUAGGUUUAUGGAAUAUCAAGCGAGCUAUUCAAGUUAAGGUAGUAGAUAGCUUCUUAAUCUUUAUUCCCUUUUUUCUGGGUAUAAUGUUCAAGAGUUUGUUCCAUGUAUGCUAAAAUAUGAAGCAAAGAACUAGGAGAACUACUUCUCCUACCAGGUCUGUUUCUAAGAUGGAUUCCAAGCGUAAAUAUUGUUAUGCUCGUAAUAAAAUGUAAAAUGGUCUAACUGUCAAA